UUUGGCACUCUAAGUAUACAGUUAUUCAUAUGCAUGCAAAAUAUUGCCUUGUUAACUUUUAUUUUCUUGAUAAACAUAAACUGAUUAGUAGUUCAAUUAUCCCCAGUUUGCAUAAAAACUGUUCCGUCGAAGAAAGGAUCUUUUAAUUCAUUGGGAAUAAAAUUAAUAAUUUGACGUCAAAAAGAAAGAAGUUGACCAGUGGAAAAUACAUACUUCUUUCUCACACAUACAUUGUAUGGCAGGUGAAAUAGAGAUGAUGAAUGCUGAAACUGAAAACAGCAAAGAGAUUGACAAGCAAAUGAAUUCAAGUGAAAUACAAAAUCAAAUAAGUUUAGAAGCGGAUCAGAAAUCUGAUAAACAACCGAUUACAAAUCAGUCGACAUGUGAAACAAUGGAAGGAGAAAUCGAAUACGUUGUCGGUGAUAAUACUGGUGAAGGUGAUGGUGAUGAAGAAGGUGAGGAUGACGAAGAGAUCAUUACGUCAGCAAUGCCACCCACACAAAUUGUUGACACUAUCGUUACAACUACAACUAAUCCAGACGGUAGCCUAAAACGUACAACAAGAAAAACAACACGUACUGUGUUAACUACAGCAAGAAUACGUAAAAUCAAAGUCAAAAAUCUACCCUCUGAUGGUGAAUCAAGUAAAUCUUCAUCCACAUCAACAAACAACGAUUUAAACAUGUCGAAUGUAAUCAACUUUACAAAAUUGAAUUCAGAAAAGUCCGAAGGCAAAUCACUUGCUCAAGCUACAUUGGCUAUUAUUCCCCCACAAACUGAAGUUACCUACCAAGAGAAUGUCAAGCCUAUCAGUGAUAUUGAUGCAGACACUGCAGCAAAACUACAACAGUCUACUUCGAAUGAAAACUCAUCUGAUAAUGUGACACCCCAAAAGGCUAUUACAAAGACAACAAUGAAGAAAACCGUCAGUGCAACAGCAGCUACUGCUACUUUCUAUGCUACAGGCAAGGAUGCUAUGAGUCCAAGAUUAUUCACAACUACCGGAGCUACAAAUGAAAUGUUAUUUAACAGUUGCAAUAGUUCUCCUUUAUUAUCUACAAAUGAUGGUAAUAAAGGAUUAACAAAAUCAACUAUAAAAAUUGCAGCUUUCAAGCGAACAAGCAAUACAUCACCGACAAAACGUAAAGCACGUGAUUCCCUAACAACAUCCGCUUCCACGACGACUACAACCACGACAACAACACUCGGAGCAUCGUCAACUACAACGACAACUACUACGAGGAAACAAACCACAAGAGUUAUGAAUAAUUUUGCCAGUAAAGGAUUCUUCUUUACAUUCAAAAAGCCUUUUGGAUUGUUCGGUAGAGAAAUUCGAGGAGAUAUUGAAGAUAAUCAAAAUAAUGCUAGUAUUGGCUCAAACAAUACUGACAUUGUGGAUACUGAACAACUUGCAUUGUUGACAAUGAAAGAAUCAGAACGUUUAUUCUCUCAGGCGAAACUAAUGUUUCCAUCAAAUCAAAAUUUAUCAUCAGAUGUAACUAUACAAAGUAGUUCAAGUGGGAAGAAUGAAGAUGGCGUUGUACAAGGCUAUCAAUCACGAUUUGCAAAUCUGCCACUUUAUCAAGGCUAUGGAAUAAUUGCGCAUCAAAUGGCUCUUUCAAAUAAGGUGAAAACAACUAAAACAAGUGAUGCGGACAGUGGCGUACAACAUCAAGACGAUGAAGAAGAUAAAAAGAAAUCUGUAGAUGUCAUCAGUGAUGCAGUGGAUAUAAAACAACAAGUUACCGAUCAGACUGGAGCUGAUAUGAACUUAGUUGCAAAUGCUUUUGCCCACCUGUUGGACGAAUCAAUUUUAAAGUUUUUAUGUGAAGCAACAAGUCAACAACUUGGAAGGUCAGGUCCUUUAAACUUGUUUGAAUUACCAGCAUAUAUUGAAGGUCUGCCACAGAAUAAACAACUUGUUUAUUCUGGUUCAACAGAUGAAGGAAUAGCGCAGCCAGGAGACAACUUCAAUAAAUCAUUGGCUCUUCCCAGUACAGAACAAUUCGAUGACAAAACAGACGAGAAAAUUAAGGAGAGUGAACAGAAUCGACCACAGCAGUUGACUGAUUCUACAGGAACUCAGAUAGGCCAAACUUUAGGGCAAAAAACUAGUAGAUUUGGUGGUGGAAGUCAAGGAGCUUUUCGAGUUGCAUGGUCAGAAAUGCCUGAGGUUGUUGAAAGUAAUUGCCUUCAACGUUUAACAAGGCAUGAAAUACAACUGCAGGAGGCCAUGUUUGAAGUGAUUACAUCUGAAGCAUCGUAUUAUCAAAGUUUAAAUGUUCUAGUAAAUCAUUUUUAUCAUGCUCCUGAAUUCGAAUGUGAACCACUGAAUCACACAAGUAGUUUUCAGUCAAAUCAAGCACCUAGUAAAGUGUGCAAAGAACCAGGUUCACCAUUGCCGGGACAACCUGACCUAGCGAAUAAUCAGACAACAGUUGACAUGAAUACAGCACCAACAAAUGCAACAACCACAACGACUGGAAAUGGGACAACUACGAAUAACAACAGUAACAAUGUCAGUAGUGCUACAACUCCCCCUUGUACUACUACUACAACUACUACAACUGCUACUAGUAAUAAUGUCGGUUCUACAGAUAGCUGUGUAGAUGCUGGCAACCAAACGCCCGCAAGCAGUAACACACGUCGUCCACUGCUUAAACCACUGGAAAAGCAUCAUCUCUUUUCAAAUGUAUUACUUGUAUGUUUAGCUAGUGAAAUGUUUCUGCGUGAUCUGGAGGCAAGAUGGGAGGCAAGAAUGCCAAUUUUAAAUGAAGUCUGCGAUUUAAUUGUAAAACAUGCUGGUGGUGUCAAUUUUGAACCAUAUAUUACUUACCUAAGAAAUCAAACCUAUCAGAUGGAUACACUUCGCACAUUAUGCCAACGUGAAAGCUUUCGUGAAGCAUUAGAAAGACUUCAUUCGCAUCCAAGAAGUGGAAAAAACCUGAUCACAUCAUUUUUAGCUCUACCUAUGCAACGUUUAACACGCUUGAAAUUAUUAGUUGAAGUUAUUCGACGUCUACAAGAUGCUGUUAUUCGUGAUUCUAUGGAUAAAACACUGGAAAAACGACCUUUCCGUGUACCAAGUGAUAGAGAACGUGAAAAUGUACAACUUGCACUUCGAGAAUUGAAUAGGCUUCUGACUGCAAGCGAGACUGAGAAGGAACUUAUGGAUCGAAAAUCUCGACUUUUGACAUUAUCUUCCUCCCUUGAAUUCCCGGAUAAUGUCAAGGUGAGUGUAUAUUUUCAACUUCUUUAUAUGUAAAUGUUAAUUAUUUUAUAAAAAGUGAAAUGGCUAAUUUUGAUAGAUGGUGGCUAGUAGUGAAUGUACAAUCACUCGUCAGCUGGGUGUACUUUUAUCCCAGUUAGUAAUGACAUUUCUGCUGAGUCCUGAAGACAGUAUCCAUCAUUUAAAAUGUCAAGGUGUAAUCCAUCAAGUUACUGAGGCAUGACAGACAUCUUAUAUUGAUUAUUGAAAUUAUCUGGAUUUUCCCACUAAUUUAUUUCAUUUUUGCGGAAGUGAUCCAUCGCUGCUGGUAUAUCAUCUUCGGUUACAGAUGCUUCAAUGAUACACUUGGUUAUGAUUCAAUAUUAAGAGAUAGACAGUAACUGACAGUGAGGUUCAGGAUGUUUAAAAUCAUAGGAGCUAGGUAUCAGUCUCCGUAGGGACACUAUCGCCAAGUGAAAUGCAUUUACACCCAGUCAGUGGGUUGAGAAUGAUAAGAAACGUGCAUCCUGUAUUCCAUUUACAUGUUGAUGUUUAACGGAUCAUAUGAAAGUCACAUUAUGGAGUACAUAUUCGGAUAUCUCCAUGAGCAAUGACAAAUAAACAUACUAACGUAAGCUGAAGUCAUUUUGAAGUUUCGCAAAUGACAACAAGUUAAUCACAAGAUAUUGUUGAAACAUUCGUAAUUCGAAAUGAUAAGGAAAUUGUUCAUAAUUGAUGUAGAAAUGAUAUUGUAGUGUCUUCUUAUAAUUUUUUAACUGUUGAAGAAAAAGUAAAGUUAACAAGGGCUGUUUUAUGUGUUAAUUAUUACGAAGCAAUUUCACUUGAUUCACAAAUCUGUCAUAAGUACAAAAGACAUAAUGCACACUGCUUAGGAACAAUAGGUCAGUAAUGAAAAUGAUCGUUACAAUUAUAACUGACUAUCAGGAAUCAAUAGUUUGAAAUUACAGCUUCGGUACACCAUUGAGUCUUUCCUCAUCCAAUCAACCCAUAGCUUCUAAAGUAUAAAAAUAUAAAUAUGUAAAACCAGAAAUUGGUAGUGAAUCUGAUGCUCACUAUCGACUGCAUCUGUGCAGGAAGUUAUCUGGAGUUCUGGUGAGAAGUCAUAACCAUUCAGGUCCACUAAGUCUGGUAAGAGAACAGUCACUCGCCUAUGACACUGGCUGGCAGCUGCGCUGAAUAUACAUCAUGAAUUGUCAGAAAGUUGGAGUUCAUCAGCUGGACACUGAUUCGAGUCCUAGUGGCUGAUUGGUCUACGAGCUCUCCUUGUAACGGGAAGAUCCUGGGUUCGAACCCUAGUAGGUGCAUACUGACAAGCAGUGCAAGCUAGGAGAAAACAGCUGAUCAGUACUACCAGGCCUUCCAAUGGUUCUCUAACUGAUGUCAGUUCAUGAGCAAGCCUGUAACCAAUGAAAAUCCUGCAAACUUGAUAAAAUAUAAAUGAUGAGACAUCUGUGAAGUUAUGUUGAGUGUUCUUCAAUGAUUAAAUUAGAUGAGAUUUUCGCAUCAGAAUUGAAACAAUAGCUGUCAUUGGGUUUAAAAACAUAUAAACGUUUCUAGUGAUAAAAUCAGUGACUUAGACACAUACUCAUAUCAAAAACUAUUUUCAGUACAACUGAGACUCCGUUGGUUACUGCUAAUUGCUAAAGUAUACAGAUUUUAUAAAGUAAACUAAGUUUUGUCGAGUGGUGGAAAUCAUCAAUGUACUAUGCAGUGCAAUGAUGGGGUCUUUUGGUAGCCCGUGUUCUAAACACGCAGCCUGUCUUUUUCAGUGAUAAUAUACUAAGCCUAUUCAAAUAAUAACAAUGAGAAUUGCAUUAAGACUAUGCAGCUAUUACAGAAUAUUGCUAUCAAUGGUACUCUGAGUGUCUCUUUUUUGUAUGCUAAUAUACUCAGGAAUUAGUUAGGACUUUUAUUUUAACUAUUGAAACUACAGAGUGGUUGGCAUCAGGUGUUAUCCCAAAAAUUUUGCCUCUGUAGCUUUUUCAGUUUAUGUGAAUAUGUUAUUACCACGAUUCAAAUGUACAACCGUGUGAGAUAAGAAGAAAAAGCAUCUUCAUGAAUAACUGCACCUCGUGAGUAGUCGGUGGGAACUUGCUAUCAAUGACAAGUCAUCAGUUCCGAUAGAAUUCACUUACAGUCUGAGUGAUUCCCCAGUCUGACACCUUUGAUCACAACAUUAGGUGAUCCUUGGCGUAGAUAUCCAAAGGUGCAUUAAUUCUCCCUAGGUUAUAGUUGAACAUCACUCAUGAUUCCUAAGAAACUAGUACAUUUCAACUUUACUGAAUGAAAAUCUAAGUCCACAUACAAAGUCCACUUACAAAGUUCAGUCAACGGAUAUUAAUUUAUAACUGAUAAAAUUUUAUUUUUUUGUUUUGUUUGUUUUAUGAAAAUACAAUGCCUAUCACUUUAAGUACUCAGAGGUCAGUAAAUUAGACCUUCAAAGUAAAUUCAUAAUGUUACAAUUUUAUUUUCUAUUCACAAUUAAUCUUCACACUGACCUUAAAUGUUAAUGACCACUUAUACUUGUUUAGCGGAUAGCAAUUAGUGAUAAACGUCUUAUUAAAGAAGGUGAAUUACGUGAAUGCUUAUCAGACAGUGGACGAUUAUCUGUAUUACAGAAAUUGGCUAUUCGUAAACCAAAUAUCUUUUAUCUAAUAUUAUUUAAUGAUUUAUUAUUGGUUACAAGAAAGAAAAAAAAUGAACGUUUUCAAGUCCUGGAUUACUGUGACCGGGCGUCAGUGCAAGCAUUUGUCCAGCGUAAUGGUGAUUUGAUUGGUACUAGUACAAAUCUCUUGAAAAACCCCAAAAAUUCAAUAUCUGCUGAACCAUUGUGCAUUAUAGAACCGUGUUUAGAUGAUCUACGCGUCACUACACGCAAAACAAAGCAUCAUCUUUCUCCAGACACAGAUGAUACUGGCAGUAAUGUGAAGCAUUCAUCUAAGGAUAAGCGUCACAGACGUUAUAAAACAACAACUGAAUUUGAAAAUUUGACGGCUUCAAACAAUGAUUCUGCUAUCGGCACUGAUAAUUAUCAAAGAGAUUCUAGUAGAGUGCAAAGUGACAUUAUUACAAGGGAAAUUAAUGUG